AUGGACCAGGCAAAGCGUGUGCUGGAUUUCUGCACCCGCCACCAGACCGUUCUGGGUUACAGCGUGGUGUCCCUGCUGACGGCUCUCACCGAGUACAUCUUCUCUUCUGUGGUGUUCAAGUGUCCCUGCAACUCUGACAACGCCGUGUACGGCAUCAUCUUCCUCUUAGUGCCUGCCCUCAUCUUUUUUCUGCUUGGCUGUAUCUCGAACGUCAGCAUCUGGCGGAUGGUGACAGGCUGCCAGCCGGCGGACUGCUGCAGCCGCUGCUGCUAUGUGAUGACACCGACGAUGAGCAGAGCCUUGGUGGCUCCUGUCACCUGGAUCGCGGUGGCCCUGCUGGGAGGCAGCUUCUACGAGUGCGCAGCCAGCGGCUUGAGCCUGUUGUCGAAUUACUUGUGCACCGAUAAAGGAAAGAUGUGCCCCAGCCAGGUGGCCACAAUGCCCUGCAACCGGACCCUAUCAAAGCAGGUAACCGGAGGAUCGCUCAGCCUUCAGGCACAGUCUCAGCUGAUAGGAUGGUUCCUGAUACUGAUCAUCAUGAUUGUGGGAGUGAUUUCAACAUGUGUCAGCCACUGUUGCUCCCCGGUUAGCUAUAUGCAGCUCAAGUUCUGGAAAAUCUACUUGAAAAAGGAAAACGAGCUCUUUGUUACCAAGGCUAAAGAGCAUUCAGCCAAGCUGGCAGAAAGAAAUAUUAACUGCUUUUUUCACCUUCCUGACCCAACACCUGCUGACCAAACACCAUUUCAGACUCCCAGCAAUGAAGACUGGAGGAAGAUUUCACUUCUGUACACUUUCAAUCCUCAAGAGCAGCAUUACAGCAUGAUGCAUGAGUUUGUUAACACAAACAGAGGCAGCAGUGCCAAAUUUAGGGAAGGAGAUCAGAAUUCCUUUAUUUUAGGAUUUGUCAAUGAUGUAGGUCUAAGUGAAUCGGGAAUUUAA